AUGUCUCAAACCAUCUAUUCCGCCACGAGAGCAUCACUACUGUUGCUUGUUGUCUUGUCCGCCCUGGUGGCGCCAAACUUCAGCAAAAUCAUUCUAGAUUACCGAAUCCCAUUGACUGCAAAGGUCGCCGAUCUGACCGUGAAGACCACCGCGCUGGGCAAACUAACUAAAGACACCAUCCAGGGCACUAAUAGUUUAGCCGAGGCUUACGAAUUUUUGAAACCAGCCACCGGUAAAUUUCAGCAGAUGGUGUUAAAAAUUAACGACAAAUCGAUUUUUCAAGAUCAAAAAGGAUUUCGCCGCAAUGAUAUCGUACCCGUUUAUGAUCCAGUUUCUAUCGAAAAAGACAUAAAAACAUAUCAUCAUAGUUUCAUUGUCAAAAAAGAUGGAAAAUUGGAUCUAAGGCACGGCUACCUGCUUGCAAGUGUUGAGUUUGCUAAGGCGGACGGUGAAUUUGAAUCUUCUGAAAAGUUGCUCUGUACACCAUUUAAAAGUGACAACACCGCCGGAACAAAAAGUCCAGAUGCAGAUUUCUUUAGAGUGAGAGACAUCAAUUUCAAAACGCUGUUUGAUGUUAAAAUGAUCCCGGAUACUAUAUUCAAUUUUGCUAUAGAGGUAGAUUGGAAGCAAAAUAAAUUGAGUGUUUACCAUUCGACCGGCAAUGAUAAGCUCAAGCAAGUCGUAAAACCGACGGCCUUUGUAGCAACAAAUGAAAAGGCAAAAAAUGCGGCCGGAACAGGCGAAUGGCAUAUACAAAUGAUCAAGGAGCCGCUCCCUAAUAAAGCGGACCCAGAGAAGGAGCGUAGCGACGUCCCUCACAAGGGUAUACAAGAAAGUAACAUCGAUGAGUCAAUUAUCCAUUUUCGUAACUUCAUUGAAGACAAAACAACAACAGACCCUGAUGGGCCCGAUGCAAUUGCAACGGGAGGUACGGCAGCUAUUGAUGCAGCGAGGCAAAAAACCAGAAAACCAUAG